GGCUUUAUGUACAAGUCAGACAGGCACCAAGCCAAGUACCUAGCACUUUCCUUUCCUUUAUCACUUCAUCUGUCUUGGCUUCCUUCACUAACCCUAACCCUAAUACUAGCUAUUAUUACUCCAUCAAGCAUUAUCUUCCUCCACCUUCGCCCACAUUCAUCAGGUUUUUCUAAUGUUGACUCUCUCUCACUGGUGUUUAUGGAUUCCUCUCAUGUCCUAAAUUUGCUAUUAGCCGUUGGUGUUUGGUUUACUGCCUAUAUUUCUGUUGCCAUUCUCUCGUCCCUCCGGGUUUUUGGUUCUCUCUGUUCCUGGUGAAUUACCAGCACUAACUGUUUCAAAAAGGGUUACCAUGGGCUACGCGCAGCUUGUUAUCGGCCCUGCUGGCAGUGGCAAGUCAACAUAUUGCUCCAGUUUGUACCGACACUGUGAAACCACAGGGCGUUCAAUACAUAUUGUGAACCUAGAUCCUGCAGCGGAACAGUUUGACUAUCCUGUGGCUAUGGAUAUCAGGGAACUCAUUUGUUUGGAUGAUGUUAUGGAGGAACUUGGGUUGGGUCCUAAUGGUGCUCUGAUGUACUGCAUGGAAGAACUGGAAGACAAUCUGGAUGACUGGUUGACUGACGAGUUGGAUAAUUACAUGGAUGAUGAUUACCUUGUUUUUGACUGCCCAGGCCAAAUAGAACUUUUUUCACAUGUGCCAGUGCUCCGAAACUUUGUGGAGCAUUUGAAGAGUAAAAAUUUCAAUGUUUGUGUUGUAUACUUGCUUGAUUCACAGUUUAUCACUGAUGUGACCAAGUUCAUAAGUGGGUGUAUGGCAUCUCUUUCUGCUAUGGUACAACUUGAAUUGCCUCAUGUUAAUAUCCUCUCCAAGAUGGACCUUGUAACCAACAAAAGGGAUAUUGGAAAGUACUUGAACCCACAGGGUCAUGUUUUGUUGUCUGAAUUGAAUCAACGCAUGGCACCUCAGUUUUUUAAGCUAAACAAAGCUUUGAUUGAUCUGGUCGAUCAAUAUAGCAUGGUGAGUUUUGUGCCUCUUGACUUGCGGAAGGAGAGCAGCAUUCAAUAUAUACUGUCCCAGAUUGACAACUGCAUUCAAUAUGGAGAAGAUGCAGAUGUGAAGGUUAAAGAUUUUGAUCCAGAAGAUAUUGAUGAUUAGCUUCAACGCUCGAGGAUGUCUUCGUUCAUGUUACUCGAGGUACUGGCUUUGACGCAGUCAUUCCUGGAAAAACUGUGUAGAUAAGUAAAGAUGGGCAAGUUGAGUGCCUUGUGUUCCUUUAGUUUUGAGGUUGCCAAAGUUAUAGGUUGCUUUUAACAAGACGAGUUCUAUCAAUCUAAACAUUUACCAUGGACUUGAAAAAGCCAUGCAUUUUAUUCGUUGAAAA